AUGGAGGCCGCGAAAGGGAGCGAGAGCCCACGGCGGUCUCGGUCUCGAUGGCUCUGCCUCAAGGGCGGCUGCUCCGUACCCCGUAUCGUAUCCAUGCAUUCCACGCCCAAGCAGAGAGCACGGAGCCAGACUCCAAAAGCUAGAGCUGCAGACCAGAAACGAGUCCAGCGGACGGGUGCUGGGAAAAGAAGCGCAUCUGAGAUAUACACUGAGAUCAGGGAGCUCGAUGGCGUCAAGGGACCCCCACAGAUAGUUAUGUCCCCAUCGACGCUAUGGGCUCUCGCUGCGUCUACUUGUCAUAUAUAUUACGGACAUCGACUCCCAAUUAUCAACGCCAAUAUCAACCCAACAGCAGUAUCAGAAGCAUCAGAAGCAUCAGAAGCAACAGACGCAGACCAAAGGCCGUGGCUCGCCUGGCCCUACGAGGCCUGUGGCGGCGCAUCUCCACAUCUUGGGCUUCCUUUUUAUCCUUUUUUCCUUCUUUUUUGCUUCUUUCCUUCGUUUCUUUUUUGGCUUUUCUCUUCUCCCUUUCUGCUCCAAAUCUCCACCCUUAACUAUAAGUUGCUAAGUAUCGAAAAUAUAUGUGGCGUGUGUGGCAGUGCGAGGGCUAUGGGUAUCCGCCUCAGCCAGUUGCCGAGGGAGCAACGGAGAAAGAGGAGCCUGCUGGGCCCUUCGCCGGGGAGAUUCUUUGGCUCCGAGGCAGAGCCAGACGACGCAGACGAGCCCUUCGGAAACAUGGUACGAGAGGGGCUGCAGUACGGAGAACAAGGGCGCUCUGGAGAAGCAGGAGAGCAAAUUGUGGCGAACCAGACGCUGAGGGCGAAAUUUGAUUUAACAAUAACAAGAUGGUUAAACUAUGGGAAGAACCAUUCGAGAACACUUUACAGUGUGCGAUGCUUGUACCACCCCGUCUUCCCAGGAGCAGGAGCAGGAGCCAGCCAUAUUAUUAUCCUCCGCCUGGGAAGAAUAGAAAUGGAAAACCCCAGUUUCUCGGCCCUUUUUACUCCUGAACUCUCUCUUUUUCUUUUGUGUCUGUCUCCCAUUGGCUCGUUCGACGCCUACGAUGAAGCAGCAGCAGCAGCAGCAGCAGUGCAAGUAGUACCUGGUACAACACCUCUGAUGUACCUCCCUACUCCUCCUCCUCCUCCUCCUCCUCCUCCUCUGCCUCCUCCUGCUUCCCCCCGUUUUACCCUGUCUCUCCUCUCCUCUUCUCUCGACCCCCGCCAUAGUCGCCCUUUAUAUACCAGGAACCAGGGUCUGUAA